AUGCUGAUGAUGGAGAACGGCGGGAUGGAGGCGCAUCAGGUUGAGCACGAGCGCGAAGCUGAUUUUGCCCGGGCGCGCUCGUGCACCUGGCCCCCGCUGCCGCGCACGGACGAGUUCGAGGAGCGCCGGGUUGCGUCUGUGAAAACGGAACAGUUCGAGGUGCCGUCAUGCCGUGCACCGGCAGCACCGGCAGACCUUAAGCACCCCACCGGAGCACCGGUGCCUCUCUCGGCCGCAGCGGCCGCACUGGACGCGGCUGGUCAGCUGCGCAAGUCCAAAUCGUCGCGGCGGAACGCGUGGGGGAACCAGUCUUACGCCGACCUGAUCACGCGUGCAAUCGAGAGCACGCCCGAGAAGCGCCUCACGCUCUCCCAAAUCUACGACUGGAUGGUGCGCUUCGUGCCCUAUUUCAAGGAUAAAGGGGACAGCAAUAGCUCGGCCGGCUGGAAGAACUCUAUUCGUCACAACCUGUCUCUGCACACCCGGUUCAUUCGUGUGCAGAAUGAAGGAACAGGCAAGAGUUCAUGGUGGAUGCUGAAUCCAGAAGGUGGAAAAAUGGGCAAGGGCCCUCGGCGACGGGCUGCCACCAUGGACAAUGGCACCAAGUACCUAAAGACCCGGGGACGGAUCAGCCGCAAAAAUGCCACUGGAGUGGGCAGAGGACUUGGGGCUGGGCCUGGAAUGCAAGGAUCCCCAGAGCAUGGCAGCCCAGCAGGAAAGUGUGGCAUGGGGGUCGGGAGUGACGAGUUUGAUGCCUGGGCAGACUUGCACUCUAGAACUAGUUCGUCAGCAUCGACACUGAGUGGUUGCCUGUCGCCGAUCAUUGCUGAAGCAGAGCCAGACGAACCAGAAGAAGGAGGCUUGUCCUGUUCUGCUUCCCCUCGGCUCUACCCAAGCCCUACCAGUACCAGAUCACCUGCGCUCGGCACUGGUGGACACUGUCCUUCAGUAGAGCUCCCUCAACUGGCUGACCUUACAGGAGCCAUUAGUUUGGAAGAGGACUUCUCUCAGCCAUCGCAACUGAAAUGCAACGGAUACCCUUAUGGCCUGGAACCCAAAGGGGAGACGUCUUACUAUGGUCAGCCUUCCAUAGGCAUGCUGAGACAUCAUGCGGCUAUGCAGACCAUCCAGGAAAACAAGCCAACCAACUUCCAGCGCCCCCUUAGGGCUUACUCUGAGAACAAUGCUCUGGAGAGCCUAUUAACUGGUGUGCCACAGUACUGUGGGAAGGACGUCGUGGGGCAAGGAGCAGUGUCCCACACACUCAUGUCACAAUCUAAUAGUUCUCUGCACCCACAUGGCCACGAUCAGAGGCGCAGUCACAAUCACAGCCAGAAUUCCAAUCCCAAUCAAAACCUUCAUAACGACCAUGGAUCAAACCAUGAGCAAAACUCAAGUCUGCACCACAAUCAAAAUCCCAACAAGCACCACCCAGGGCUUGACUACAGCCAUGGUACUAAACACCAUCCUGCUCAUGACUACCAACCUCAUGAGCACAACCACAAGCUUAAUUCCAGCUCCAAUCCGAACCAUAUGCACAGCCAUAUGCAGCAUAGCAACUCCAGACAGCCGGCUCUAUCACCAAGGGUCAACAAUGACAUGCUACAACCCUACAACCACAAAUCCUCCAAUCUGUUCAGCUCUCGUGCCCACCUUCCCUCUACCUCCCUACCCCCUAACCCCGCAAGCAUCAUGGACGUGCCCCAGGACCCCUCCUUCCUGGCCUCAGCGCCCCAACCCCGCCAUCAACCUUACCCAGGUGCUCAGCAUCAGGGUCUGACAGAACCCUGGCAUGCAUACUACCACCGUCAUCAAGCCCAGAAUGCUAAUUAUCAUGGCAGUCACCAACCCGGCUAUCUUCAGCCCACUGACAACCGACUACACCAGUCAGACUUGGAGCUUCAUCAGAGCAGCUUGGACUGCGACGUGGAGUCCGUUCUUCUUAACGAUUACAUGGACUCUUCCGAGGGAAUGGACUACAACUAUGACGGAUCCCUUUCCCAAGGGGUUGGCAUGGGGAUCGGCUUAGGAAUGGGGAUGGGGAUGUUUGCGUGUCCUACUCAGUCACACAACAGUCAGAGUUGGGUCCCUGGGUAA